UUUGGAUGGCAUGUUGUGCCGUUUUCUCCAGCCAGCGAAGUCUGCUGUGUACUCCAGACAAUAUUUUAGCUUUAUAGAUCGCGAUACAGCGCGAUGUCCCGGAUACUCAUUUGUUUAUCACCGUUAUUAAUAGCUACAUAGGCCUGCAUACUUCAAUCAUUCUGUGCUUUGAACCUUUCAGUGUAAAGGCCUAUGUACAGAGCGGUUGGUGGUAUAGGCCUUGGAUUAUUAUCAUGUUUAGUUCUGCAUGAUCGAUACCUCACAAGCGAGGAAUCGAUGUGCAGCCAACGUGUUGCAUCUGAGCGUGCUCGACCUGACAAGGUGACUACUGUAAAAUUUAGUGCUCAUUUGGGAUCGGCCGGACUAAUAAACUAGGACAAGCAUGUUGGAAAAGACAGGAAACAGAUUGCUCAAGAGAAGACUCUGUGAUGAUGAGGGUGAGCGUGUCGGGAGAGAGAUUAUAGCGCGUUCGAGGGACAUGUGCCAAUGUGGCUGUCAGUGCGACGAAUGCAUCGGACUCGACCUGGCUGCGACACACAAUGCAAACGAUUGUGGUAUCGCUGGGACAGCUGAGGAACCACUACGUCACUCGGACCACGCUAACACUGUCGCUUGCAAAUGCCAGGGUUGUGCCUCGUGCACUGCAGACAUGAUGUCUCUGCCGACUGACCCAGGAGGUAGACUGGGCGACAUUCACCCACCAGCAACACAUGAUCAACAGGCUUGUGUAUGCUUUGGGGAGGGGUGUCUCGAGUGCCAACACAUUUCCCGGGCAGACGCAACCGCGGUAAAUGACCGUUGCAACAAGAAUGGCGAGAGCCUGAUAUCUCUCGUCAUCUCUCGAUUAGACUCAUUGGAAGUGGUGGAUGAUAUGACAGAUGACAGUCUUGGGACUGCAAAGUCGUAUAGCCUGCCACCAGGGAACUACUGCACAUUAGAGAACCAACGGCCUCAAAUACGCCUCGCCGAAGAGGAGACAGACGGAGGAAAGAAAAUGGAUGCAGAUAGCUCAGAUAACGACGAGGAUACGACUCAUCAUCAUUUGAAUGUUGAAGACAUACGGAUGUCCCCUCGUGGUGCCGAAUGCAGUGCCGGUGCAGCUACCGCGAGAUCACACGUUGCUGUCUUCUGUACUUUCGGUAUUAUGUUCCUCAUUGUUGGGAUUAUGUCAAGUUUCGGUGUUUUCUAUGUGGAGUUAUUGGAAUAUUUCGAUGACAGUCGAAGUAGUACAAGUCUCAUUGGAUCUAUCAAUUGUGGAGCGUGCCAUGCAGCAGCUCCCUUGGUUGGAUUGAUUGAAGCCAGGAUAGGGAUACGGAAGACAGUGGUCGUUGGUGGUCUCCUCUCUGCUAUAGGUCUAAUUGGAAGUAGCUUUGUGUUCUCCAUGCCCUACCUCUACUUUACGUAUGGAAUCAUUAGCGGAACUGGUUUCGCCAUUGCCUUCACAGCCAGCAUCGGGGUGCUGGCAUCUCACUUCGACUCCCAGCGACGUCUCGACAUUGCCGUGGGAAUUUCAACAUCAGGGAUGGGAUUUGGGGUCCUUGCAUUCCCACCUUUUAUAAGGUUCGUGAUUGACGCCUACGGAUGGCGAGGAGCCGUUUUAGUAUGUGGUGGCCUGGCCCUAAACGUUUGUGUCUUUGCUGCUCUGAGUGGGCCACCAAUAGAGAAAAACGAGCUAAUUCGGACGCUUUCUGUAGGAAGUGUUGCAUAUCUCAGGACUGACAAAGAUGUGCUGCGCAGUGAUAUCGUAUCGAUGUCUAUGACGAGUGUAUACAUAAUGAAAGACACAGAUCUCCACAAAGGGGCACUUACAGCUGGCGACACAGAAACACACAGAAGUGCUCCGUAUAAGACCAAAGAUGUUAAAACGAACUCGAAUACAAAUGGGACGGCGUAUAAGCCCAUGGAUUCAUCGAGGAAAAUCGCCUUGAAGAGAUUACCUUGUUUGUCUGUGAUAGGAAAUCGCGUGUUUCUCAUUCUCUUACUCUCGGAGAUACUAAGCAAUAUGACAAUGAGCACGGUGUUGACAACACUGCCGGACUUUGCCCACUGUAACGGCCACAGUCUUUUCCGCGCAAGUCUGCUGUUGUCUAUCUACGGCACGACAGCCACCCUCGGCCGCCUCUAUCUCUCCCUCUUCUCAGCAGCUAUACGGAAGUUUAAAAGCCACAAAAGGGUCACCAUCGCAGCUACCAGUUUCAUCACCAUGAUAGCCGUCCUCUGUAUGGGAUUCACCGGCGAGAAAUACUACCUCAUCGGCAUUUGGGUGGGUUUGUUUGGAAUCGCCACCGGUGCGAAGGGGACUUUUGUGUCAUGUUUCGUUAUCAAGUUAGUGGGGGCAAGGAACACCAUCACCGCGAUGGGGCUUGUGGGUUUAUCUUGCGGUAUUGGCCAAUUCGGAGGACCACCAGUGGCAGGUGUGCUUUUCUCUAUGACUGGCUGGUACCCGGCGGUGUAUUGUUUUGGAGCUGUUACCAGUCUUCUUGCAGUAUUAUGUGUUGUGGUGAUCAUCAUCAUGCAUAUCCAAGACCGAAGGUGCAGGCAACGAUUACGAGAUAAUGAUCCAACUCAAUUCGACAAUUGACUAUUAUCUUGAAUUUUCUUGAUAUGCUUUAUGUAGUUAUUGAUAUUUUGCUGUUGUAAUGGCAUUGUUAAAGAUUCCACCCCAUUCCCGUAAUUAAUCGAGUACAUAUUUAGUUCUUCUGUCUAGGACACAAACGGCAAUAAAAUUAUAGUCUUAUCAUCCGUCAUCUUCUAUAUAUGGAUAUUUUGUAUGUUCGAUGAAUACAAUGGUAUACAGUGAA